AGCAGGAAACUCUCCACCAUCCACCUGUUGAACCCAUUUCUUUUUUUAGAAAUGCAAAACUGUACAUACUCAAUUAUAGUAGCCCCAAAAAUUUCCUCUACGCAAGUUUUUCAUGGUUUGUUUUGAUUCCGUAUCUCCAACUGGCAUGAACUGUUGCAGCGCAUCACCUCGCGGCUGGUGCUCGCUUGCUUUUGUGCGCGCAUCAAAGUCUAUCAUAGCUACAGUUACAUGCUUCGUGAAACAUUUUUCUGUAGCCGCGCGUGAUUAAAAGGAGAAAGCUCGAACACAGCGCAAUGACGCAACAAGCCAGGGCCUUUUGCUUCGUAGUGGCACAAGUCGUGCCACGAAACCUCGUGGAUGCGUUCACGUUUGUGAAGGUACCGGGAACGGCCAGUACGCACGUCCACAGUGUGGCAGUGAGCAAACGCGGGAGAGCCUCCGCUGCCGAACAAGGUAUGAAUUAGCGUCUUAACUCUGGUGCGACACCUGGUAGUAAGUGGCUAGGGCAGCAGUAAUCUCAAGUUUUCGGUCUUCCCUGCAGCCGAAAAAAAAACUUAUAGGAUGUAGGCAAGGGUUCUUUUUUUUUUGGAACAAUCAGCAUGCUUGCAAUUUUUUUGUUUCUCUUCGAACUUUUUCAGAACAUUUUCCAAUUGCUUGCAUUUUCACAGGUCAGAUAACCGGGAAUGACGAGCGUAGCCUCGCAAUAUCUGUGGCGCAGCAACAGCUUCGGGAGGUGGAGACGGGAAUCUGUAGACCACUGUCGGGGGCGGACGACAAGACCAAGGGCGAGUGCGUGGACAGACUGCGCUCCCUUCUCGAGGGCGACCCUCUGCGAGACAGUAAUGGUGUUCCUCCUGCGGGCUUGUGCGCCUUGGCCUCUAAAGUACCAACGUCAGGAAAUAAAGGCUAUGGCCCUGGAAAUAAAUCUACGUGCUUGAGUACAACUCUUGAAGGAUGCUGUGAGUGGUUUCCGGAACCAGCGCCGGGGGAAAGCGGAGGCUGCGCAACGAAGGUCGGCGCUCCUGCCGAUCCUUCCUGCAGUUACGUGAAGACAGAAUAUCCCUGUGCAAAGACUUACCGAACCCCCCGACAGUGCAUCGGGCUGGACACCCAUUCUCAGGAGGCCGGAGCGUGCUGCGCAUGGGACGAAAGCAUUCCAGCGGACUCAUGUCGGGCGAUCGCGAUUCCCAACCAUGACCAAGAGGAAGAGUGCAUGCGAAAUGAAUGUGUCUCAGAAACCGAUGCUGAAGUCGGGUUCGAUGAAAGCAUGGCAUGGUACACGAAAAAAAUGACGCCGCUAGCGGACCCCGCGAGUACAGACGAAGCAACCCGCGUACAAACGUGCUGCCACAAGCCGGAAAACGCGGCAGCAUAUACUUGUCCCACAACCACUACGACGAGAAAACCGAACUCCGCGAAAGAACGCGCACCCGAAAAAUCAGUCGAGGAUCUACUAGGACUGGGUGGAAAGCACCAUCCCGCUUCGCCGCCCCCGGAAGAAUUUUUGCAGAGCAGCGACGAAAGUACAUCGUCAACAACUCCGAAACCCAAGCCGACUCACGGGCUCUGUCUGACCUGCACCAAGUCAUCGGGGUUUGAAGGGGGGCCCGGCCUGUUGAUAGCCAUGGAGCUGUUGGCCACCGCUGCGAUUCUGGGACUGACCGGCACCAUCGUGGGGUUAGUAGUGUGUUGCUGCCUGCCAUUCGAAGGCUCGGGCAGCGGCGUCUCGACAGUGAGCUCCCAAAGGGGCGGUGUCAGUAAUAUCAAUAAAAGCGACGCGGCGAACCGGUCGGCCGCGAUCAAUAAAAGCGACGCAGCAAACCGGUCGGCGGCGGGGAAGAAGAGCGUAGCGGAGGCGGGGAAGAAGAGCGUAGCGGAGAAGAGUACUAAGCCCUCCCCGCCGACAGAAGGGAAAGAGGACCCGGUGGAGGCGGCCGCGAAGGAUGGGGAUGCCGCGCCCGCAGCGGCUCCCGCGGGGGGUAGCAAGAAAAGCGCAGGCGCAACAAAGGGGGAGGACAAGGCGCUCGCGCGCAAGAAAAGCGCGGCUGCGAGCAACACUGCGUCCGCCGCCGCAGUAGCAGCUGGAGAAGCGUCUGCGAGCUCCCGGGACUUGCCUUUACCCGGGCCAGCAAGCUCCUCGCGGGCACCGAAAGUCAUCGGCCUAGGCGGCACGGGCGGAAUGAAGCCGGAGGAUUACAAUGCCCAAUUACUUGCGGCCCAAAACAGAGCCCAACUCCGACGGCAGACUUCUUCUGCACAGGCACAAGCGGCCGCGGCCCGGGGUGCAGCUGCUCUGGAGGGCAAGCAGUAAGGGACCGGGCCUGCGCUUGAGUAGGGAGGCCGUUGACGACAGAGUGGGAAACACGACUUAUAAACUUAGGUUCCAUUUUUAUUUAAGGAGCAGAUGAUUUUGAAUUUCGAUUCCCCCCGUCCCGAGCAAGAUAUGUCGGAUAAGACUCCAUAGCUGUUUCCGUGCUCUGAGUACUUGAGCCAAAAAUGCACAUCGAUGCAUACUUUUGGAGUUCGGUCUCGGUUGCUCACUUUUUGUGUUUUCCCUAUACCCGCCCCCUAGAAAAAACAUCAGAUCUUCAUGCAUCAUUAUAUCUACUUACGACUACGCCUAUGCGGCUGAACAAAAAAAAACCAUUCGUUUGACGGUGCGUCGAGUACACUGAAGAAAAUCGUAAGCGUUGAAGUUGUGACAGAGAGCGUUGCUAUGCUCCGUGCCUCUCGGGUCCUUCGAUGGGACUUACGUUGUCGCGUU